CCAGACGGGACGAGCUGCCGCCCGGGGUGGGUGCUGAGGUGGAACCGAGGACCGCCUUCCCGCGUAGGGGGCUGAGUCCGACGCUGAGUGCCCGGGAGGUGGGAGACGGAAGUCUGAAACAAGCGGCUCCGGUUGGGACGCAGCUCGUAUGGGGUUGCAAAGGGCAGGCCUGGUCUCGGACGCAGCUCCGGGGUCGGGAGUGGGAGGGACUGAUGGGGGCGGGCUCCGAACCCCACAGCUCGGGGGGCCGCCGCGCCAGCUGUGUAACCUCAGCCGUCCUGCUUUGCAGCGUGAUGCUCUGAGCAGGCGUCUCCUCUGCCGACAGAAAAUUACCAAAGAAAUGGAUGACUUCCUACAAAAGUUGAGGCAGAAGAUCAAAAUCGGAGUGGUCGGCGGCUCAGACUUUGAGAAAGUGCAAGAGCAGUUGGGAACUGAUGUGGUGGAAAAGUAUGAUUACGUGUUUCCAGAAAAUGGCUUGGUGGCGUACAAAGAUGGGCAGUUCUUGUGCAAACAGAAUAUACAAGGUCACCUGGGUGAGGCCCUGGUACAGGAUUUAAUCAACUACUGUCUGAGCUACAUUGCAAAAAUUAAGCUCCCGAAGAAGCGAGGUACCUUCAUCGAGUUCCGGAAUGGCAUGCUCAACGUGUCCCCCGUGGGAAGGAGCUGCAGCCAGGAGGAACGCCUCGAGUUCUUUGAACUCGACAAAAAAGAAAACAUAAGACAAAAAUUUGUAGCAGAUCUACGGAAAGAAUUUGCAGGAAAAGGCCUCACGUUUUCCAUAGGGGGCCAGAUCAGUUUUGAUGUCUUUCCUGACGGAUGGGACAAGAGGUACUGCCUGAGACAUGUGGAGAACGAUGGUUACAAGACCAUUUAUUUCUUCGGAGACAAAACCAUGCCCGGAGGCAAUGACCACGAGAUCUUCACAGACCCGAGAACUGUGGGCUACACCGUGACAGCACCUGAGGACACACGCCGGAUCUGCCAGGAGCUCUUCUGACAUGGACAGGAGGGGGUUCCCAGCCUGCCGGUCACUCACUGCCGGCCGCAUCCACCUUUAGCCUGGCUGUCCAGUCGUGCACACAGGGGACGACUGCCUCCACCUCCAAGGGCAAGGAGCUCACUGGAGUGGCUGCAGGAACCAUCCCCACAGCAGGCUCUACCGACCCCGACCUUUACCCGAGACCCGCCUGACAAGCUGAGUCACAGCACAAACGGUUAUGUCCCGUCAGUCCAGAGGAGCACAGGAAGACCCUCCCUCCUGGACACUGACAGGCGCUCAGGAUUGGACCCCUGUGGAGACCCCAGGAAGGAGGGGUGGUGAUGGGAAAGGAUGUCUGCCCUGAGCAGUCUUAAGCAUACUUCCCAAAACAGCUCCCUCCUGAGACUGAACGUGGUUGCGGGUGGAUUGAGCCAAAUGACUGAAUCCCCCCUUCGUGGUCUCCAACCACUUCCUGUUUGUGAGACACACGGCUCAGCACAGCCUGCCUGACGGGGGCCAGGUGGCAGCUGACCCCAAGGAGUUAGCAUCUCAGCUGGCCUAGUACUGGGGUUGGUUCUGUGCGUUGCCCUAGGGUUACUUUUCCACAGGCCCUGGUGCAACCGCCCCUUGGUGGCUGGCUGAGCCCUGUGCUGUCAGGAGCCCCCAGAGGCAGGAUCAGCACUGCUCUCUCAGGGCCUGGGGCAGUCUGGGUAGUGACGGCCAAGGAGCAGCCUUCCUCCACGGGUGACCUCACAGGCCCUGGCCUGGCCUGACUGCAGGGUGGGCACAGCUGCAGCGGGACCUGGGUGCUCUGCACCCUUCCGUGUGCUACAAGUCCUCUGUGAAGCUAGAAUGGAUCCAGAACACAGCGCAAGAGUGUUUCCUGAGAACGGUUGUCACUUCGGGCUCUGGCAGUGCUGGGACAUCGAUCCUGAGAUCCGUGGCGUCUGCAGAGUGAUGGGCUGGGCUGCAUGCAGCUGCUGGAGCACAGGUGAGCCUUGUUCCUGCCAGCCCUCCUGCCCCCCAGUGCUUGGCCUGCGAUCAGGCUGGCGAGAGAGAAGCUGCUAUGGACCCUGCCCCUUCACCACCCGCUGGCUGGUCUCCGUGAGUCCCAGGAUGUGACCAUCCGUUGGUGGCCUGUACCCGUUGAACUUGGCAGAUACUGUAAUGGCCUUUCAAAUAGAAAUCACAGCACAUUAAA